UGGUGGUGGUGAUAGAUCCACAGGUACAGCAGAGAGAAGGCCUGGUCAGCAGUUGUCAUUUGUAGUUAGUCACCUGUUUACCUGGAGUAAGGGCUGGAGUCUUGGGGCCCCAGAAUCUUCCUCCCUACCCCCAUCCCCGCACCAUGCUGAGCUGUGGAGGGAACUCUAGGGCAGGCAAGGGGCAGUUCCAAGAAACACGACUUGCUUCCUUGCUCCACGCGUUGCUUUUCCCAUCUCAGUAAUAGGGUUGUCUUCCAUGCUUCUUCACAGAGCUUUGCAGAACUGGGCCUGCGGGGUGCAUGACGGGGUCCCAGAGGCAGGGUUUGUGUGUGCUGUGAUAGGUCUCCCCGAGGUUGCGACCCACGCUCUGUAAGACAGAGGAAGACUGCGCGGUGCAGAAAGCGACCCUAUUCAUGGGGGUGUGGCCACGGGAAACCACUCCCCAUUCACCGCCCACAUUUGAAUGGUUCGGGAGCGCCACCGGAAGUCACGUCCGACGGAGUGUUUUCGUGGAGACACUCACUGGGCAAUCGGCGAAUUCUGGUGGCCGUGGCAACCGGAGAGCGGAGCAGGGACCUAGGACAAAUACUAAAUGCAAGCUCAGACGCACAGAACAGGAUGGUUCAUAGCAGUUGGAGGAAACGAGAUAGGACCGCAGAGCGCCUUCACCUGUCCUCGUGGGGUUGGCUGGUUCUUUUCAAAAGCUCCGAGCAGAAAAGGGAGACUGCAAAGUCUUGGGGUUCCGAGUCCCUGCUUCGCGUCCGUGAAGGUGACUUUCACCUAUCUGUAAAGUGGGGCGAUUAAUCUCCGCCUCAUGAAUGGGGACACUGUGAGGCGGAACUGAGAAGGCCCCACACCGGCACUGGAGCAUCUUUCUGCACCGCAGACCGUUUACUGGGGCGGAGUCUUCGUUCUUUUCUGCGCUUGGAAAUUUGGAGCGGACCCUUGACUGGUUUCCCCGCCUCCCCGGACCCCUUCGGAGAGGGGCGUACCCGGAAGUGCUCCUACGGAAUCCGGCGGGCAGUGCUCGCCUCUUCACCAUGGCGACGGCCCCGCGGCGCUUUUUCCGAUGCGCCUGCUUCUGCUCUGAGAACUUGUACGUGGCGCGCUACGGGCUGCAUGUGCGCUUCCGGAACGAGGAGCAGCUGCGCCAGGACUAUGGCCCUAUCCUGCGCAGCAGAGGCUGCGUCAGCCCCAAGGACUUCCAACAGCUGUUAGAAGAGCUUGAGCAGGAGGUGAAGCGGCGGCAACGGCUGGGGCAGGAAUCAGCUGCCAGAAAAGCCCUCAUCGCUAAUUCCUACCGCCCGGCGAGGCCAGAAAUCUACAACGCGCUGCAGGAUGUGGUUCUGGCCCCCGAGUUCCUGGCUGCAUCUGAGUACAGCACAUUGCCGGGCGCAGACCUCAAGGGCCUGCUCCAGCGGCUGGAGACAGUAUCGGAGGAGCAGCGGAUCUACCGGUUGCCCGUUUUCACGGCGCCGUUCUGCCAGGCCCUGCUGGAGGAGCUAGAACACUUCGAGCAGUCGGACAUGCCCAAGGGGAGACCUAACACCAUGAACAACUAUGGGGUGCUGCUACAUGAGCUGGGCCUGGAUGAGCCGCUGGUGACGCCACUGCGGGAGCACUUCCUGCAGCCGCUGAUGGCCCUGCUGUACCCAGACUGUGGUGGGGGCCAGCUUGACAGCCACCGUGCCUUCGUGGUCAAGUACGCACCGGGCCAAGACCGCGAGCUGGGCUGCCACUAUGACAAUGCUGAGCUGACCAUCAACGUGGCCCUGGGCAAGACCUUCACGGGGGGCGCCCUAUACUUUGGGGGCUUCUUCCAGGCUCCUUCAGCUCUGGCCAAGCCCCUGGACGUGGAGCACGUGGUGGGCCAGGGCAUCCUGCACCGGGGCGGCCAGCUGCACGGGGCCCGGCCCCUGGGCACUGGCGAGCGCUGGAAUCUCGUCAUCUGGCUCCGGGCCUCUGCUGUGCGCAACCGUCUCUGCCCCAUGUGCUGCCGCAAGCCUGACCUGGUGGACGACGAGGGCUUCGGCGACGGCUUCACCCGAGAGGAGCCCCCCACAGUGGAUGUGUGUGUGCUGACUUGAGCCUACUUGGGACCUGUGUGUGUGGAGGGCUCUGCCACUAUGGGUCAGGUGGGGCAGAAAUAAACUCCCCGCAGCCCUUGGCACUUCUUAGUUCAAAAGGACAAGCAGGCUUCUGGGUCAUUUUUUCAGUAGUCAGGCUGGCUUAGGUCGGGUUUAUUAGAAUCAGAGCCUGAGAUUCCUGUGCAAGUGGUUUAUGGAGGGAAUACCCUCAGGAGAAGGGCGUCAGGGAAGCAGGACAGGGCAGGAAGGAGCUGGACCAAGAUGUGGGAUUAGAUGGCGUCUAAAAUCAGGCCAUUCCCACCAGAGCUCUGGGGCAUGCAUCUACCAAUUUGCCUCCAGCAUCAGUUAUUGGCUACAAGGUGUGUGUGUGUGGGGGGGGGGUGGAGGGGGGCGAAUAGCUUCCCAGACAGCCACCUCUAGGACAAGUGGCUCCCAGUGGCCAAAGGAAUCUUCCUGAGAAACGUCCAGAUGUGAGCUGUCAGCAGUGACAUUAC